GUCCAGCUGACAGGAGCCCGAGAGGGAGGCCCUGGUUCGGGCUCCUGCCUCAGUCGCCGGGCAGCAAGAUGGCGCUGCGGCCGGGCCAGGGAACCGGCGGCGGCGGUUCCCUCGCCUCUUCCUCGGCCGCCGCCGCUGCUCUACCGGGCGCCGCUGGUCCGCCUCCGGGAGCAGCAGGUGGCGCCGGAGGAAGCCCCGGGCCUGCCAGCUUCAUGUUUCCUGUUGCGGGUGGUCUUGGUCCUCAGGGUAUGAUUCCCAUGCAACAGCAAGGCUUCUCGAUGGUGUCAGUCAUGCAGCCCAACAUGCAGGGGAUGAUUGGAAUGAAUUACGGCUCUCAGAUGCCUCCUGGAACAAUGACCAUGCAGGGUGGCAUGAAUCUGGGCCCGAUGCCAGCGGCUGGAAUGUCAUACAUGGGGCAGGCUCCCUUCUUAGGAAUGCGCCCAGCAGCUCCUCAGUACACCCAGGACAUGCGGAAGCAGUUUGUGGAAGAACAACAGAAACGAUAUGAACACCAGCAAAAGUUUUUCGAAGAGGAAAGGAAAAGGCGCCAGUUUGAAGAGCAAAAACAAAAGCUGCGGCUUUUAAGCAGCGUGAAGCCAAAGAUGGGUGAGAAGAGCAGAGACGAUGCACUGGAAGCUAUUAAAGGGAACCUGGAUGGGUUUUCCAGAGAUGCAAAGCUGCACCCCACGCCGACAUCACAUCCAAAAAACGCAGAUCAUCCCACGCCAUCCCAUUCUACUGUGUCUGUCUCCCAAACCUCUGCCUUUCUUGACGAUGACGAGUUUAGUGACUUUAUACAGGGGCCUGUCGAAAACGCCCCAACAUUCGUGCCUCCCACCUCUUCCCAGCCUUUUCAGUCUUGCCAUCCUUCCUCCCAGGCUGGGCAACGGCUUUCAGAGAAGGUUGUGGCCCAGUCUCUCCCUCCAGCCCAGAUUCCAGUGUCCUCCAUCUUUCACGGCCCCAGGGGGCAGGUUCCCUAUUUCUCUGCUUCUCCAGCUUCACAAAACACUCAGAAAACAGGCCCUCCCUUGGAAGAGAAGCCCCUGCCACCCUGUGGGUUGAGUGAAUUUGGGCAGGCACAAACCAAACUUAAAACUCCUGACGCUGAGCUCAGUGCCGCAGCUCCAGCUGCAAACAGCCCUGAUCCCAGGUUAGGGGGCAAUAACUGGCAGCCCGUAGGGGUGCUCCCGAGCGGCAGCCCCGGUCCAAAGGCAAACAAGGCUUCAGAACAAAACCUGUCAGCCCAAGAGCGUGGUGUCGGAGUCUUCCCUUCCCAGGAUCCAAUCCAGCAACUGAUGCCUCCCUGGAUUUACAAUGAUAAUUUAGUUCCAGAUCUGUACAUGAAAAUUCUAGAAACCACUAUGACGCCGACUGGAAUAGACACUGGAAAACUUUAUCCCAUCCUGAUGUCAUCUGGACUUCCCAGGGAGACGCUUGGGCAAAUAUGGGCCUUGGCCAAUCGCACCACUCCUGGGAAGCUUACGAAAGAAGAGCUGUAUACCGUUCUGGCUAUGAUAGCCGUAACUCAGAGAGGCCUUCCAGCUAUGAGCCCCGACAGUUUGAACCAGUUCCCCUCUGCCCCACUCCCUACACUGAGUGGGCUCCCGAUGGCAAUCCCUGUCACGGUGAGCCAGCAGCCGAUGAUGCCGCCGGGGCCUCCUGUCUCCAUGCCUCUUAGUAUGGCGCCCGCUGUGGUGGGGAUCAACAUGGCUGCACCAGUGGCGGGACCUUCAGCGCCGACGCCCAGCGGGUUCAUGCCGCCUUACCCCCCAAGCCAGGCAGCCAAACAGGAUGAUGACGACUUCCAAGAUUUCCAGGACGCUUCUAAGUCUGGGGGGCUUGAUGACACCUUUACGGAUUUCCAGGGAGAAGUAUCUGGAUCGAGCAAGGCGUGCCCAGCACAGCACCAGAGCAGCGCCACUCCAAUGCUGAUCCCACUCUCCGGCGCGAAGAUGCCGCCCGCUGUGGAUAAGUAUGCCGUUUUCAAAGGGAUUGCCACCGACAAGGCUACAGAAAGCACGGCUUCGCUUGGAGAUUAUGGAGACAAGUACAGUGCUUUUCGAGUGCUGGAGCAGCAGCCUGAGAGUAAGCCCUUAGGAGACAGCUUUGCAGAGUUCAAGUCUGCCGGAGCAGAUGACGGCUUCACGGAUUUCAAAACCGCCGACAGCAUCUCGCCACUAGACCCACCGAUGAAAGACAAACCUUUCCCCCCUCCUUUCCCUUCUCUACCUUCGCAGUCGAAGCCGCCGCCAGGAAAGCCUUCUCUGAACCUGGCGGACCUGGAUCUGUUUUCCUUGGCCCCCGCUGGCGAGAACAGACCUCUUCCCUUUCCACCCGCCUACAACUCCCCCCAGCAGCCGUCUUUCCCUGCACCACCACCUCUGGCUUCUGCUGCUCCUGCAACACCUGGCAACAGCUCAAUCCUGCCUGACGACUUUGCCGACUUCAAUCUCUUUGCGGGGUUGUCGAAUUGUACCUCUGCCGCCACUCAGGAUGAAUUUGCAGACUUCAUGGCUUUCAAUAACAGCGCCGGCUCUUCACUCAAGCAAGAGGCCAGCCCCCUUCCUCCCGCUGGCUCCUUGGCCAACACUCUGAAGAGCGGUCAGAGCCCGGCUCCCGCCUCCACCAAAUACGACAUCUUCAAACAGCUGUCUCUGGAUGGCCCCGGCAUAGGCUUUGAAGAACUGAAAGACCACACCCCUUCGUCCGUGAAAAGCGAGGACGACUUUGCUGACUUCCACUCGAACAAGUUUUCCUCCAGCUCCGAGAAAUCCUUGGUUGACAAACUGGCAGCUUUCAAGCAUGCGAAAGAGGACUCUGCUUCGGUCAAGUCUCUAGACCUCCCGUCCAUCGGGGGCAGCAGCGUGGGCAAGGAAGACUCUGAAGAUGCGCUCUCUGUCCAGUUUGACAUGAAGCUGGCGGACGUGGGAGGAGACCUUAAGCAUGUCAUGUCUGAUAGCUCUUUGGAUCUGCCAACCGUUAGUGGUCAGCAUCCGCCAGCCGCAGAUCUCGAUGACUUGAAAGGGACCACCUUUGGAAGCUUCAGCAACAGCUCCACUCUGAGUGGCUUCCCAAGCUAUGAUUGGUCUGACAAAGACGACGCCUACCAAAACAGGAAGUCCCUCCCCUUUCUCCCCUUCCCUCCAGGAAGUGGCUCCUCCUCGGCCACCUCCAUCCUCCAGAAGAAAGAGACUCUGUUUGGCAGCUCGGAGAACAUCACCUUGACCACUGUUUCCAAAGUCACUACCUUUGCAAGUGAGGAUACUCUCCAGGAUGUGAAGUUCCCGCCUUUUCCUAACUUCAAAGAACCCGACCCUCAGUCUGCAGACCAGAGUGACGAUGACGUUGAAGGCUUUGGGGAGUUUGCAAGGCCUUUGGCAGAGACAUCUGGAAGCCCAGCUGUAGGCAUGCCCCAAGAGGCUGACUCUGCUGGCCUCUCCGUAGAAGCAGCCAAAGAAGGCACAGACGACUUUGGAGAGUUUCAGAGCGAGAAGCCCAAAAUCAGCAAAUUUGACUUCUUACUGGCAACUUCCCAAGGGAAGAUGAAAUCGAGUGAAGAAAUGAUCAAGAGUGAGCUUGCAACGUUCGACCUCUCUGUUCAAGGAUCUCACAAGCGGAGCCUGAGUUUGGGCGACAGAGAGAUCAGCCGCUCCUCACCUUUGCCACCUCCGGAGCAGCCGUUUAGAGAUCGGUCAAAUACCCUCAGUGAGAAGCCAGCCCUGCCCGUCAUCCGAGACAAGUACAAAGAUCUCACAGGGGAAGUGGAGGAAAGUGAGAGAUAUGCCUAUGAAUGGCAGAGGUGUUUAGAAAGUGCCCUCCAGGUCAUCAAGAAGGCAAACGACACCCUGAACGGAAUCAGCAGCUCCUCUGUCUGCACCGAAGUGAUCCACUCUGCGCAAGGCAUGGAGUACUUAUUAGGGGUCGUCGAGGUUUAUAGAGUCACAAAACGGGUAGAGCUGGGCAUCAAAGCCACAGCCGUCUGUAGCGAGAAGCUCCAGCUACUACUGAAGGACAUUGACAAAGUGUGGAACAACCUGAUCAGUUUCAUGUCACUUGCUGCUUUAACGCCUGACGAAAACUCACUCGAUUUUUCCUCUUGUAUGCUUCGCCCGGGAAUCAAAAACGCCCAAGAACUGGCUUGUGGGGUGUGCCUCUUGAAUGUAAAUUCUCGAAGCAAAAAAGAAGAGAAGCCUGCGGAGGAACCUCCUAGAGAAGCCUUUAACUCGGAAACGGACAAUUUCAAACUUGCUUACGGAGGGCACCAGUAUCACGCCAGCUGCGCCAACUUCUGGAUCAACUGCGUUGAGCCCAAACCCCCGGGCCUCAUUUUGCCUGACCUACUUUAAGCGGACUUCGUUCCUUCAGCUUCGACUUGGUCUCAAUAGGGGAAGAAUACACUGGAGGGGGGCAGUGGGAGUGGGGUGGGGAGGGCUGGCAAUAGAUGUGGAAACGGUUCUGAGCUAGCGGUUAGGGCAGACGUCCCUAGGCUGGAGUGCUCCAGACGUUCUGGGCUACAGACCCACGGCCAUGCUGGCUGGGAGCUGGGAGUUGUAGUCUGCUGCACCCGGACGUCUCCAGCUUGGGGGAAGACUGGGUUCAAGUGUAUAUAUAAAACGUUUGUUUUUAGACUAGCUGUUCUCUUCCAAAAGGGCGAAAGCCACUAUGUUUUUUAAAUCUGCAAAUUCCCUGUGGUGGACUUCUCAAGAAUUUGGAAAUAUCCACUGAUUUGGGGGUGGGGUGGAAGUGUGGAUUGCACUGAGGCACAAACUGCGUUUCUCGAGUGGCAUUUGACCAGCACAGUCUGCCCUUCAGGUGUUGGCAAAUUUCUUGUCUGCUUAAUGAAGGUGGAGGGGGGAUCUCCCCGCCCCCGCAAGUGAUAACCUCUGUUUCAAGUGGCUUAGAGCCCCUAGGAUGACAAAGUCAGAAAGAGACAGGGUUGGUUCAGGAUCCUUGUUGGGUGGUUCUUGUUUUUUGAGCAAGGUCUUGAAUAGUUUCUCACUUCUCGCCUCGUAUAUAGCUGGUGAGCUUCCAAAACCAGGUUUAAGUGUCAGGGGUCUACUUCUCCCCACCUCCUCCCCCCCUACCCCACACCACUGACAAGGCACUCUUGGCGUUAAGCAUGUCAACUCAGAAUUGCUUACAGGUAUUCUCCGACAAAACUACCAUUACUGAGUUUUGGGGCACAGGCAAGAAAUGAUUGGGCAGAUCCACCCCAUAGAUUUCAAGCAAAUCUGACACACAUUUGAAGCACAUGACUUUCCCCAAGAAUCCUGUGGUUUGUGAAGGGUGCUGAGCACUGUAGCUCUGCAAGGGGGAAGCUACAGUUCCCAGGAUUCAUUGGGGUGUGGAGUCGUCCGUUUUAAAUGUGUGUUGGCUUCGCUUUAAAUCUGUGAGCUUGCCCUUAAAGAAGGGUUCCCCCACCCCGGCACUUUGAAAGCAGCUGAUCUUUAAAGCCUCAAGACCUCUCCCUAGAAUGAAGGACCCGUGUUUUUAAAGAAUCAGCUGUCAAAUUUGGCAGUGUGGAAUAAAAAUAGACAUGCAGAAUGGUGGAGGGCUCUCCAAGUGUGAAAUUGUGGAGGGUUUCUUUUUGCUCCUUCUAAAGGGCAUUACCACUGUUUGCGACUCCAUUAAGUUUGCAGAGAGAGUGAGAGCCUCCUAAAGGUAUAACCGGCUUACAUCGAUUGAAUGGCCGUUUCUGAAACGCAACCUCUUUGUGGCAUGCUGACAAUUUGAGGGUGGCUGGGGGAGCCGGCAUCUUUCCUCUUUUGAGCAAGCGGGUCGUAUCGUUUUGCGGCUUUGAGAGGGCAAUGGUGCAGAGAACGCAAUGAAGCAAAAUGGACUUUUCUUUGUUUCCCUGCUCCCUUUCGUCAGUACCUCCAGACUGCAAACCACCUCGCUGAAACCAAAGCGGGGCAGGGAGCUAUUUAAUUGAAGCAAGCAGCCUGAUUGUAGCAUUAAACAAUCAAUGCUCGUGCCUUUUUAGAGACUUGCCUGCUGUGAGCUUUUGAUCUCUCCCUUCACUUGAAUUGGCAACCUGAUGCUGUUCCCUUGGUUGGAGGGUGUUGAUGUUCCAUCUCCCAGUGUGCUAUGCUUCAUGAUCCACCACUGUUGAAGUUCUUUCCCCAUUCCACCAUUGGCAGCGCUUAGGACUGCAGGGUGGGGGACCUCCGGCCCACAGGCUUAAUUAGGGGUCCCAGUUUCCCCUUCCCCCCAAACCCCACCUUCCCCACACCUGAUGCAUCACGUGGGUGUCAGGUGUGGGGCAACCAAAGGCACAGUUGGGAGCUGGUUGCUGCUUUAUGCAGCUGUGGCCAACUUGUUUGUACAUAUCGCAUUCUGGUGAGUUUCCUCUGGCACCCUUGGUGCGGGUGCCCCUAGCUGAGGACCAGAUCCACUGAAAGCACGGCCUGGCAACUGGAGGCACAGCUUAGGUCUCCUUUAACAGCUGCGAAGAAUUUCUAGCACAUUCCAGCUUUUCCCAUCCUGGUGCUUCAGCAAGGAGGGAAGGAGCCUGGCCACCAAAUUUCUCCCGGCUUUAGAAAUCUGAAAAGUGCUGCUGGGCAGAGAGCAGGAGCUGCAGGAAGGAAACAGCUCAUCAGAUGGUUAUAUAUUCUCUUGGGUGUUUUGCUUCCAUGGAACAACGAGCUGCCUUGUUUUGGGUGGAUGCACCUUUUCAAUCCAGUCUUGCGUGGUUGGCCAAACUGUAGUCAGGACUCCAAUGGGUUGGGUAAAUAGCGGCUCAUUAGGAAAUAAUCUUUUGGUGCCUUUAACCACACUCAAAAAAGUAAGUUUUCGGGAGUCAUAAGUGCUAACGGGUCAAACUUGGGGGUGUUGUCAAGACACUAAACUCAGCUCUCACAUCACUGGUGCAGUGGGAAACUUAAUAUCUUGAGCACCAAUGACAAUGUGGCAAAAAGAGGGAUCCACUUUAUCUUUCACCCUGCAUCUUUCUAUAGAGAAAAGCGCACACUCUCCGCAUAGUGCUUCCCUGGGAGAAGCGGUGUCUUCUGAACUUCCCCCUGGCAUUCAGCUACUAAGACCCCACUGCAAGUCUUCUGUGGCUCAGGCGCAUCAGCAAGCCUGACAUGCCUAAAUUUGAACCAUGGAAAUGAUCUCACGCAUGUUGCUGAAUCAGCCCGAUCUGCACAUAACGGAGGAGUUGGGGUUUUUUAUUAGCAGUUCCAGUGAGACUAAGCAACAAAACCUCAUCCCACAAGUUGCUGGAGGGCUGGAGGAGCCUCAAACCGCAAACCUGAGUAUUCAGCACUGGGGGCAAAAGUGCCCCUCACCCAAGGAAGAUGUCAAUUUUUGUGUGUGCUAAUUUUUUCCUCCAGAUUGCUCUUUAGCCUGUAUUCAGAUGGGCCGAGGAGAGAGAGAGAGAGAGAAAGAUCAGUCAAUGGGAAGUAAAGGCAGCUCUUCAGGUCUAAUUACGGCAGAGCUUAUUGAACUGUGCCUGUGUUUAAGGCUCACGACAGGUCUGGGAAGGGAAAAUUACCGCCUGGCUUCUGUUAGUCACAGUGCCUUGUACAGUCCACCAAAGGAGCAUUCGCAGAAAGGGGGAGGAAAAUAGCAAUACACAAAUGAAACGCCUUUCUUUGUGUCUUUGCGACGUGAGCAAUGUUUGUUUGUUUUUCACUGAUGAAGGCUGGUUGCAUCGAGGGUGGAGGGGCCUGGAGUGGGCUUCUUCUGCUAUAGCGUAUCCAACUCAUUCGGAAGACUCAGCGUUGUGUUCAUCCAUCCCCUGCACUGUGAUCCUGUUAGCCAAGGGCCCCGGUGUCCUUGGAAACUGUAUCCAAGGUUACGGUGUUUUUCCGAGGCUUCAUUGUGUAAGGUUCUGCUUCUCUCUGCCUGGCAGCCGUGCUUUGAGUGCAGGUUGGCAACUACGAGGAAGGUUUUCAUGAGCUGGUCUUUCCAUCUUUCCAGCCUUUUGACUUCGUUUCUCUUUAAAAAACAAAACAAAAACCCACACGUUUUCUUUCUUGGGUGAAGCAAAAUGCUAACGGUUGUGCGUCCUUUUGUUCAUUUCUAAAUAUACCCUUUUUUUUGUAGGGUGGGAGUCUCUCCGUGUGAACUGUGUUCUGUCUUUUUGCAUGCAUCUUAGCUGCAGGUUUUCCUUUUCCUUAAACCUAUUUCAAAAUGUAUCACAGCCCUUGUGUGUCUGCCUGUUCCCUUCCUUGACUGUGUACCUAAAGCUCAGUCCUUUGAAAAAUGGCUCUAAAGUCACAGCCACAUGUUCAGAGCACGUGGCUUCCUACAAAGAGUCCUGCGACUUCUAGUUUGCCAAGGAUGCUGGGAAUUGUAGCUCUGCAGUGUGAAAACUACAGAUCCCAUGAUUCCUUGGGGGAAGCUGUGCUUGUUUAAAGUGGUAGAAACGUGCUAUAAACAUAUGGUUUAGAAAUGUCCGUUGAUGUGUUUGAUGUCGAAAAGUGGGACCAAGGGUAGAAAGUGAGGUUGGGGAGCAGAGCCCAAACCUAUGGUCAUGUCCAUCCACGUUAGGGAAGGGGUAAGUUGAGGUCCUCCAUAUGUCAUUGGACUGCAGCUCCCCAUAAGCCCAGAACUUUGGGCAUGCUGGCUGGUGUUCAACUGUCGUCUGGUAACCACAGGUAAAUCAAGCAACUCAAAAGCCAUAUUUGUGCUUCGACAAGAUGGCUUUACCCUGCCCAACACAGAUUACCAGCCCUGCAGUCCAAGGCAGGCAAAUAAGCCAACACCAAGGUAAUUCCACUGACGGCAGGAGCCCAGCGUGGUCUUUUGGAUCAUGGCAGGCAAAAUGUGGGGUGUCUUCCCCCUCUCCCCGGCAUCCACCACUGGUAGCUUCUGAUAUAUCCUGAUUUCUUUCUCUCUGUUGAGACGUGCAAGCUUCAAAAAACUCCCCACCCAUUCAGUGUAAUACCUGGGCAGUCACAUGGGGAAGGAGCCGAUGCAGCUGAGUUGCCCACCCUGUAGAAAGUACAGUGCAGGAGGCAAUAUAGGGCCCCUACUCAGGGGGAAGUGAGUCACACUUAGUCCCCAUUGAAAUCAAUGCGCCAACAUUAGUUGCGGCGAAAGGGAAAUCCUUUUUAUUCGGUCGAUAAUCUGCUUUGGAUUGGGUCCGUAUUCACUAAAGGCUCUAGAAAACCCGGCAAUUCUGCUUUCGUUUCACGUUUCAGAGGAGGAGCUGCGGAGGAGUGCUCUGCCAUGGCAAACCAGGCCGCAACCAAUAAAGGGAAAUAAAAUGAAUCAAAACCCCAUUCCGCAGAUGCAGUCUGAUUAAAUGCAUAUCAAUUCUUGGGGUGGCAUAGCAAAGUGAUACCCCUUUCUGAAAUUAAGAUAAAAUAAAGCUGCUGUUGUAUUGCUACACUAACUUAUAUAGAUGUUUGUGAUUUCUCCCCCCCCCCACCUUCUCAGUCUUUUUUUAAAUUAGUAUUAUUCAGGUCUUUGGAUGGUACCCAAAAGGAGAGACGAUGCAGCUUUAAAAGGGGAGAGAGAUCUUUUAACAUCUUGGCUGCCUCCUAAGUGGUUUUGUGGUUGACUCAACUGUGAUCUAAGGUCUUGUUUUACUUUGCGGUGUGUGCUGUUGCCGAUUUUAUAAAAAAAAAACCUUUUGAGAGAAAGUGAGAGUGGUCCUGUUUUUAAUUCCCGGUGUCUGUUUGCUCUCUCAGUGGUGUACAAACUCGUUUUAUUGAUCCCGGUGAAAUUUCCUGAUCUUCAAUAAAGCUCCUUUGUUUUCUUUUUA